GUUGAUUGGUCAUUUCGCGAAAAUGGUCAUUCGGAAUACAUGGUUAAAAUUAGUCGUUUGAAGGUUAUUCUUCAACCUUGGGAGGGGUUAGUUAUUCGGUUGCUGACUCACUUGUGUGCUGAAAUGUGUGAACCUAUUAUGUAUAGAACGCAUAAACUGUGAGAUAUAUAUUAGUACAACAUACCUACACCGGGCUGAAGUUUUGGCGAGUAGAAGAAGUGAACAGUUAAUCGUUGUAUAUUUUUUCAAUUUUGGAAACUGUUCAGUGCUCUCAUCUGAUUGGUUGAUUCAAGAAAGUGAUGACAUCUAUUUAAAGAUGUUCAAAAUUACUUCAUUCAUUUAAACUUUACGAAGAUAAGAACAUCAGAAGGAGAUAAAAAUCACCCAAAGAAUGACAAGUAGUGGAUGUAGAAGCAGAAGUAAUAGUAGUAUUGGGAGUGGCGGUGGUGCUAAUCUGUCAACAUUUCCAAAUAAUGCUAAACAACAAACUGUGGGAAGACCACCCAGUUCAAUAAGUCUACUUGCUGAUCAACUGAAAUUGUCCAGUUUGAAUGAAAAUGAUCCAUGUAUGACAAUGCGGAUGAUGAUGAUGAAGAUGGUGACAACAACAACAACACCACCAGUGUCAGCAACGAUGACGACUCCUAUGAUGAAUAGUGGACUGUAUGAUACUGCUUGUGAACAUUAUGGUUUGGAGACAAUUAGUGAAGCACGAAAUGCUUAUUCAAUGCCUACACACUCUAUUAUUGGCUCACAGUCUAAGCGUAGCCUUAAUACUACUACUACUACUACUACUACUACUAAUAAUCAUAAUACCGAUUGGAGGAGUGGUUCGAAAGAUUAUCAUCAUCACCAUCAUUCACGUACUGUACACUUUCAUGAUGUAUUCACGCCCAGUUCUAGUGUUUGUUCAUCAUUACAGUCUACAAUGUCGGAAUUCGAAGAUGGAAAUGAAAUGACUAACUCUGAGCAUAAUUCGUGUUGUGUUCAUGUUUUGUCUGCAAGCGCUCCAACUACAAAUUACUCAUUGAAUUCUCUUAUUAAUUUAUCAAAGUGUAGCAGGGAAACAGCUUCUUAUCAUAAUAAUACUAUUGUUGAUACAAAUUAUCCUAAUACCAAUCUUCCAUCAACAAAGUGUACAUUCACUCCAUCGUCUUAUUCAUUCAGUUCUUCAAUGGACAAACCUGAUCAUGACUGUGAUGAUAAAGAUGUUGUUGUUAGUGGUAGUGGUGAUAACAGCAGUCAUCAUAUAAAUAUCCGUUCACCAAGUACAUUUGUUAAUCAUUCGGGUAUAAUGUCUAAAACAAUUUGUUCUUCUUAUUCCUCGUCCUGUUGUUGUUGUUUUGGUGCUGGUGGUGGUUUGUGUUUUUGUCCUUCUUGUUGUUCAUGCUGCCUGUGUCGAGGGAAUAAUCAUUCACAGCCUCCAUUACAACAUCGUUUACCAGCAAAACGCGCCUGUCGAUCAACCAGUUCUAGUUCAGAUAUACCACAGUACACCUCUUCAUCAUUAUCUUCUUCGUCUUCCAUGUGUGGUUAUUACAGUCGUCAGUGUCCUUUUACUUCAAUCCAUCUUCCACAUCGUCAUUGUCAUCAAUGCUAUCAGCAACCUACCACUAGUAGUAGCGGUAGUAGUCAUGGUCACUACCAUUGUCAUCAUCGUCAUGAUAACAGCACCUGUCAUAACAGUAAUCAUAUCAUAAUGAUGAGGACAAUGCAGUCUUACAUCAAAAAUCUUCCUCGUCCAGUUGCUGUACGAUUAGAUUCACAAGCAAUCUAUCAUGCAAAGUCAAAAAGUUGCACAAAUAUGAAUGUUGUAAAGUCAUCAAAUCUUAAUGACAAUAAUAAUAAUAAUAAUAAUAAUGGUGAUGAUGAUAUUAGCAACGAUAGUACCUUGCGUAAUAAUAACAGCGGUGUUAUCUUACGCCCCAAACCUUCUGAUUUAAUAUCGUUCAAUAAAAUUGGUAAUACCGCCCGUCUUAGCUGGCAUCAUCCUUUGUUCAACUUUAGUUCUGUCCUCCAUCAAGGGAAACAUAGUAAUAAUAAUGAUAAUAAUUUAUCUCUACAAGUCCAAUCUAACACUUCAACGCUUCAACAUGAUACUUCCUUAGAAAGCCAACAAACAUGCACAGAUUGUUCACAAAAUGUUCAGAAAUCGGUUCGUCUGCGGAAUGCAAAUACUCGUGGAAGUACUACUACUACUACUACUAAUAGUAAUAAUAGCUCGAAUCCGUGUGAUCGUGUUUCAACAUUUCGUCCUCCUAAUCACAUUGAAAUUAAAGGAUCACAGGACUCUGCAUUAUCAAUUCACGCACUGCCUAGUCCUUCAUCGGCAUUCACGCCAACCCGAACGUUCUUUGACAGUUUCCCAAUUGGUGUUAACUCGUUGGAGUUUUCACUUUCACCAGCUGCUGGGUCAAUAUCUUCGUCCGUUCAGAUAGCUGCUCGAACUCCUUCUUCUGGAUUUCAUGAAGCAUCAUUUUCUGGAUUAUCUGAGGCAUCUAGUUUACCAGAUUGUUCACGGUUUGGUGUAUCUUCGGAUACUGCUGCGAAUUCAAAAUAUUGUCAUUGCCACUGCCAUUACUCUCGUGACGGUCGAGAUCACCAUCGUCGUUGCAGAGGGAAUAAAGAAAAGGAGUCAGAUGAUAAAAAGUUGUCAAGUCAGUGUAUUACUUCAACCCAAUUAACAGAUUUGGAAUCAUGUUUCAAGUUGGAAGAUAGUGAACCAAAUAAUAAUAAUAAUAAUAACAAUAGUAAUAAUAAUCAAGCACAGCACGACAGAAAUAGCAGCAGCAGUAGUAAUAGUAGUGGUAGUAGCAAUAGCAGUAAUAGUAGUUAUUCCUUUCCAUCAACUAAAUGUAUGCUUCGAUGUUGUUCUCAACCAAAUGAUACUGCGAUCUAUGAUACUAAUCGUCGACAUUUACUUCAUUGUCCGAAGCAUAUUAAGGAGACUUGUCAUUCGGUUAGUACAACGUCUUCUUCUACUACAUUUACUCCAAUUAUACCUACGGAUAUCACCAACAGUAUCCAAGCAACAUCUUUGACACCAACAUCAGCAGCAGCAGGAACAACAACAACAACAACUGGAUUAAAGCGUAGACGUGGACCAAGUGGAGAAUAUGCUGUUGAUUACUUUACACAUCAUAAUUAUGACAAUUCAAAUAUUCUUCAAGAGAAAGAAGAAUCACAUGACGAAAUACUUCCAUGUGCAUGUGUUUUUUACAGCAAGCCAACGGACCAUAUAAUGAACAACUAUGAUGUUAAAUUGUCUUCAAAUAAAGAUGAUCAAUUACGGGAUAUGUCCUUAAUGCUAUCGAAUACUACAUUGGAUGAUAAUUUAGAACAGUAUCACCAUCACCACCACCACCAUCAUCAUCAUGGUCAUCAUCAUCAUCAUCACCAGUUUAUCAGUAGUAAUUGUUAUCCUAGCAAUAGUAGUGGUGGUGGUGGUGUUGGCGGUGGACAAUUGUCAAGUAUGUCCUCAUAUCAUGAUCCACAGCAUACAUUAUUCCCUUUAAUCGAUCAAUAUCCGUUGAAUUCCUUCCCGGCUUCAAAUUCUAUUUCAUCUUCUACAAAGCAUCUAUUUUUAUCUGAUACAUAUGAAUAUCAAGAUGAUUGUACACUUAUUGAAUCGGAUCAUAAUGAUGAGCAUAACUCUGCAAAAUUGAAUAAACGUUGUACACAUCCGAAUUCAAAUACUACUAUAAAUUAUAAUGAUAAUAAUAACAAUGGGAGUGAUAACAAUAUAGAAAUAGUGGACGACUGUUACUCUAUUGAAACAGUCAAUCCAUGCCAAAUAUUACACGAGAAUGAAAAUAAGUACAAUGCUUGUGGUGGUGUUAGCUGUGCACAAGGAUUUAAGUAUUCUCCUGAUGUUUUUGUCGAGGAUAACUUUAUUCAUCGUUACACUUGCAAUGAAUUAGGGAAACUUUCUGAAAUGACUGAAGAUGAGAAAGAACACGAGACACCUGAAACUAUGAUUGAAGAAGGUAGUGAUGAUUGUAAUAGUAGUAGUAGAUUAUCCGAUAUAAAUUGCCAUCAUUCUGAAGUUCUAUUGACAUCCCCAUCAAUUCAUGAUAUCACAUUUACGCCUAUUUGUCCACCUCCGAAUAAUAAAUGGGAUAUUUCAGACAAUGAAAAUAAUCCAACUUUUAUAAUCCCUGUACACAAUCAUCCAGUUGAAACAAAUCCACAAGAUAAUGAUACUGAUCGACAAGUGAUUCUUUUUACACCAUCAUCAACACGUUCCAACUCUGGUGGUGAAUCCGAUGAUAUGGAAACUAUUCUUUCUCCUCAAAUGCCUAACCGUCAGCGUAUUUGUUCCGACGUCUUAGUAACUGAAUCAAACACCGAUAAUAAACAAGUAUUGUCUUUCACUGAUCUUGACUUAGAACUCAUUGAAAAUGACUAACUUCUACGUAAGAUAUAUAUAUAAAUGUUCCCUUUUCACACUUCAUUUUUCACAUCAAUUUAUUCUUUUUAUCAGUGAAACAUCCUUAUUCUUUCAAUGUUCAUUGUGUGAGGUACCAAUCACACUUAUAAAUAUUCUUUCCUCUCUCAAAAGUGUGUAUUACAAUUUCCAAUCUUUAUAGUAUAUUUUUCUCAUUUUUUGAUUGUAUACACCUUUUGAAAAGACUUCUAUGUUUUGUAUAUUUGUACAUAAGAUAAAUAGAAUAUUUAUUCAAACAAAUUCACAAGUUUAUUUUUGUAAUCUUCAAUCCAACUUAACUAAAUGAAAUUUAUACUAUUUGAACGCCAUAAAUCCGCCUUCAGUCCUUGAGUUUGUGUAUGAUGAAUAUUUCUGCGUUGUAACUUCAAGUCUUAUAUUUUGUUUGGCGAAGUUUAAGUGUUCUUAAUGAAAUAUAUAGUUACUUGUAUUA